AUCCGGUCACACCGACAAUCUUGAGCUGGGCUUGGGUGUGGUGUAUUGUUUGAGUAAUUGUUUUCAAGAUUGCUGUUUUUAGUUAAUUUACUUAUUUACUAAAAAUGGCUAGAAGCCUCGUUUUUGUGGCUCUAGUCGGCGCUUUAUGUUUUACCCUCGCUAACGCACAACACCACUAUGACGAGCACAAGACCAGCCAUCUCAUCUGGUGCACCAAGAGCCAGGAGGAGCAGUACAAGUGCCAGAAUCUCACGGUGGCCAUCGAACGCGAUCGGGCAUUAUUCGACGAGGUGUUCCUGAAUCUCACCUGCUUCAUGGCCUACAGUGCGGAUGAGUGCAUCCACCACAUCGAUCGCGAGAAGGCGCACAUCACCUCGCUGGACGCCGGAGAUGUCUUCACGGCGGGACGAUACAAUUCCCUUAUACCCAUCAUGCAGGAAAAACUGGAGGGCGGCUUUUCGGACUAUCAAUCCGUGGCCGUGGUGAAGAAAGGAUCACUCCCUGACUUGAAUAAUCUCCGCGACAUGCGAAACAAGAGGGUCUGCUUCCCCUGGGUGGGCAGUUUGGCCGGUUGGAUUGUGCCCAUUCACGCGCUACAAAGGGAAGGCGGCAUGGAAGUUGUGGACUGUAACAAUCAGGUGAAGACAGCUGCCAGCUAUUUCAACAGUUCGUGUGCCGUGUACUCGCUGUCUGACAAAUACAAUCCCAUUGGCGACAACUCAGAUAAACUUUGUACGCUGUGCACUGGCAAGAUUCCCGGAGGACGCUGCUCGGCUGCAGAUCCCUACUUUGGAUACGAAGGCGCCUUCAAGUGUUUGAUGGAGAAAGGAGAUGUUGCCUUUUUGCGCCAUUCGACUGUAAAUGAAAUGCUGCAGACCACCGAAUUCAAAAACAUAAAACCAGACACUUUUGAGCUGCUUUGUCGCGAUGGCCGUCGUGUUCCCAUUAAUGAUUAUCGACAGUGUAAUUGGGGCCAAGUUCCCGCCGAUGCCAUUGUGACAUCUUCAGCACGCAGCUUCAGCGAUCGAAAGCAAUAUCAGCAAUUCCUGAAACGCAUCGCGGAGUUGUAUUCCGAUGGAAUUCGUGACGAUCAAAACAGGCAGGGCGGUCAAGGGUUCAGCAACCGCAAUAAUUACAACGAACAGAGUCAAAGUGGCGCCUACGAUCAGUUUAACAGUAAUGACCCCUAUAGAAACCAAAACCAAUACGAUCAGUACCGCAGUGAACGCUUGGACAGCAGUUUCUCCCCAGAAAGAAAUCCGCAGGACGGCACCAACACUUCAAUUCUCUAUGAGAAGUUCCGCAUUUUCGAGUCGAAACGAUAUGGCAAGCCAAAUUUGCUUUUCCAGGACUCAAGCCGGGCUCUCACUGUUAUCCCUGAAGAUGAUCAGUCGUUUACAAAGUAUUUGGGCCCUGCCAUUAACUUUAUUUACGGCAUUCGCGAGUGUCCUGUUCCGGCGAUGACCCUUUGCGUGACUUCAGAGAACGAACUCGAGAAGUGUAUCAGAAUGAGGACUGCCCUGAAAGCGCAUCUUUUGAAACCGGAACUCAUCUGCAAGAAAAUGCACUCCCACAUAAACUGCAUGCAGUUCAUCGAAGCGGGCAAGGCUGAUAUUUCGGUUUUCGAUGCCGGAGAUGUCUACACCGGCGGACUGAACUACGACCUGGUCCCGUUCAUGUCGGAGGUGUACAAUCUGGGCGAGCCGGAGUACUAUGUGGUGGCUGUGGCCAAGGAGGAGGAUCCCGACACGGAGCUAACGUACCUAAAGGGCAAGAAUACCUGCCACACGGGCAUCAACACCGCCGCUGGCUGGACCUAUCCGAUGGCUCUGUUCAUCUCGAACGGCUGGAUUCGCCCGUACGGAUGCGACUCGGUUCGGGCUGCCGCCGAGUACUUCACCAAGUCUUGUGUUCCGGGUGCGAUUAGCAGUGAAUACAAUACUGGAGUGCCCUACGAUAGCAUGUGUGAUCUGUGUCAUGGAACUAGCUACAGAUACUGUCGACGCGAUGCCUCCGAGGAUUACUACGGACAUACGGGUGCAUUCAGGUGCUUGGUGGAGGGUGGCGGACAUGUGGCCUUCAUGAAGCACACCACGGUGAUGGAGAGCACUGGCGGCAAGCGCAAGGAGUGGUGGGCAAGGAAUGCUCUCAACGACGAUUUUGAACUCCUUUGCACUGAUGGCACCCGUGCCGAAAUUCACGAAUACAAGCGCUGUAAUCUCGGCAAGGUAAAGGCCAAUGCCGUCGUCACUCGCGGAGGAGUCAACUACAACGAGACCCAAAUGAAUGCCUACAUCAACCUGCUGACCUAUGCCCAACAACUGUACGGCCGUAAGGAAGUGGACGCCUUCAGUUUUAGCAUGUUCUCCUCGCCCAUUGGACACUACGAUCUGAUCUUCCAGGAUGCCACGCGGCAGUUGAAAGUCAUUCCAACGAACAAACGACGCUACGAUUCCUAUUUGGGCAGCGAUUUUAUGCGAGCUCGCCGCAUCACCGAUUGCUAUGCUGGUGCAUCGGCAUUAUCCUUAUCCGUGGGCCUCCUUCUCGUGGCCUCUCUAGUUGCAAUGCUCUAAAUUAAUAGACUCGGUAAGAUUUCAGAAUUGUACAAGAAUCUCUAGCACAAGGAGAAACAUAUCAACGUUUUACAUUCCAAAUAUUUUUAAGUAUCAAAGAAAAAUCCCUUCCGUCCGAAAAAAUAUUCCCUGAAGCAGAGUAAUAUCUGAAUAUAAUUUUAUUUAUAAAGUGCCUGUGCCUUAAUAUAGUAUUUGUUUGUGUACAUACCAACUAAGUCCGUCCAAAAACUUGUACCUAGAAAGUGUAAGUCGAAUCAUUUACAAAUCUUUUAUAAGUAUACAAAUAAAAUAACAAAAGGAA